AUGACAAACGUAACAUAUAGUGAACGAGCAACAAAUUUUAAUAAUAAAACAGCUCGAAAAUUAUUUGAAAUCAUUGAACAUAAGAAAACAAAUCUUGCACUCGCACUUGACGUAUCAACAAAACAAGAAUUUCUUGAUAUCGCAGACAAAGUUGGUCCUUAUAUUUGUUGUUUGAAAACACAUAUCGAUAUAUUAAUAGAUUUUGAUAAUGAUCUUAUCGAACAACUCAAAAAGCUACAAAUUAAACAUAAUUUUUUGAUCUUUGAGGAUAGAAAAUUUGCUGAUAUUGGUAGUAACACAGUAAAGAAUCAAUAUUCCCAAGGUAUUUACCGAAUCGCAGAAUGGGCGGAUAUUAUAGAUGCUCAUUGUUUACCUGGUGAAGGUAUUAUAAAUGGAUUAAAAGAAAUUGGUUUACCAUUAAAUCGUGGAUUAUUACUUCUUGCUGAAAUGUCUUCGAAAGGAAAUUUAAUUACCCGAAAUUAUACAAAUUCCACGAUAGAAAUGGCUUUAAAUCAUAAAGAUUUUGUAAUUGGAUUUAUUGCUAGUGGAAAAAUUACCCUAAAUGAUAACAAUAAUAAUAUUCAAAAUGAUUUUAUAUUUAUGACACCCGGAGUUGGAUUAUCUAAUAAGGAAGAUGGAUUGGGUCAACAAUAUAGAACUCCUCGAGAAGUGAUUACUGAAAGUAAAAGUGAUAUAAUAAUUGUAGGACGUGGAAUUUAUGGAAGUGGUAAAGAUGUUAUAACAGAAGCUAAACGUUAUCGAGAUGCUGGAUGGAAUGCUUAUUUGGAAAGAUUAAAAUAA